AGCCGCCUUCGUCUUCCACGCCUUCCCUCGUUCGUUUGCUGUUCGUACCAGGAGAGAGAGAAAAUGGAGAUCGGAAACCCUAGUAAUGGCGAAGCGCACCCGGAGCUCGAAAACCCUAGCGAUGGCGACGCCCCUCAGGGCUUCGCCGACGACGUCCACAGCUCCGCCACCACUCCCUUCGCUAGCGUCCCUUCCAGCCCCGGCCGCGGCAGCAGCGCCGAAGCCGCCGGAGACGGCGGCUUCGGAUACUUCUUCAGUGCUCCGGCGAGCCCAAUGCACUUCAUACUCUGCUCCCCGCCCUGCUCCGCCGCCGCCGCCGCCUCGUCCUACUCCCCCUCAGGAGGCGGCGACAUCGAGUUCGAGUUCUCGGCGAGGCGCCCCUCCGCCGGCGCCGCGGUGGCCGGAUCCAUGAGCUCCGCAGACGAGCUCUUCCUCAACGGGCAGAUCCGGCCGCUGAAGCUCUCCUCCCACCUCCAGCGGCCGCAGUCGCUCGUCCCGCUCCUGGAUCUGGAGCCGGACGAGGCGGACGAUCUCGCGGCGGAGGACGCCGAGGCGGCGGCGCGAGGGCGGGGUCUGUGGAUGAGGAGCGGAUCGCUCCACCGGAGGACCAGAUCCAUGUCUCCACUGCGGAGCCCCCGCUUCCGGUGGAAAGAAGAAGCGGAGGACGAAGGGGGUCCGCCGAAGGAUCGCGAUACCAAUCCCGAUCCGAAGUCCGAGGAGGCCGAAGCGGCGGCGCCACCCGUCUCGGCCUCGUCGUCGCGAUCCUCCUCCUCCUCGUCCUCUUCCUCCGGGCGCUACUCCAAGCGGUGGAUCUUCCUCAAAGAUCUCCUCUACCGAAGCAAGAGCGAGGGGAGAGAUCGGGGGGCCGCCAAGGAGAACAAGUUCUGGCACUCCAUCUCCUUCUCCCCAUCCUCGCGAUCCAAACCCCCAACGCCGCCGCCGAAGCCCAACAACGGCGCCGCCCAGUCGAAGAGGGCGUCGGCGAAGCGGGCGGGGGCGGCGCCGUCGCCGCACGUGCGGCACUACGCGGCGAACCGGGCGCAGGCGGAGGAACUGCGGCGGCGCACGUUCCUGCCCUACCGACAGGGUCUCCUCGGAUGCCUAGGGUUCACCUCCCGGAGCUACGGCGCCAUUAACGGCCUCGCCAAAACCCUCAACCCCGUCUCCUCCCGGUGAACGAUCCCUCCCGCAAAAUUAGCAGUUAAAACCCAAUAUAUGUAUUCGGUGGAAACAAAAUCCCUAAACUAAGCGGUGUAUAUGUAUUUUAUAAAUGGUAGUUUUUAUUAGGGUGAAAAUUUAAGAAUAAUGUGUUGAUUGUGUGAUUACGAAUUUUAGUAGAUUAGUAGAAUUAAUCGGCGUUGUUGUUGGUUCAUUUUCUCGCAUUAUGUUUGUUUUGGGAUGAUUAGAAAUAGACAUGUGCCGGCGAGACGACAUGCACGUGCUGUGUUGGAA